CUCUCUCUCACACAUACACGCCCGUGACGUGCAGUUCCCAGCCCAGGGUGAGGGUGUGUGUGUGAUGAUGGAGAAAGAGUAGACCUCCUUCAUUUAUCUUCAAUUCUUUCUUUCUCUCGGUGUUUGACGGUUGGACUCGACUCUACUCGGACUAAAGUGCUCGUGCACGGCAGCUCGAGGGCGCAGGAACCCCGCUCUUCCGGACAUGGCCCGGUCUCUGUCGACAGCAGCUCUCAGUCUCUUCUGCUUCGCUUUAUCAUGCGUGUUGGAAGCUGAGGCCAGAGCAGACUUUUCUAUAGCCCUUCACCGGCAGAAGAGGGAAUGGAUCGUUCCUCCACAAGUUCUGGAGGAGAAUGUGGACCACACCAAAAAGGAAUUCAUUGCUAGAAUUCGCUCGGACAAAGAUGACAAUGAAAAGAACUUAAUAACCUAUGCCUUAAGGGGCGUUGGAGCAGACCAGGCACCCUUCAACCUGUUUGUUGUGAACCCUGACAGUGGUUUUGUUCGGAUAACCGGCAUCCUGGACCGAGAGAUGAUUUCGCAGUACAAUCUCUCUGGAAUUGCUACGUUCACUAAUGGCACAGUGGCAGAGAAUGACAUUCAGCUUAGAAUAAAAGUGAAAGAUCAGAAUGACAAUGCACCCAUCUUUCCUGCCACCAUCUCCCCAGGCUUUGUGAAAGAACUCAGCGCUACAGAUACCGUUGUAAUGAAGGUAGUAGCCACUGAUGCUGAUGAACCUGGGAACCCCAACUCUCAGAUCCGCUAUGACAUCAUAAAACAGGACCCUCCAGGGAGGAUGAUGUUCAAGAUCAAUUCCAAAGGAGAAGUGCUGGUUAGUGAUCCUAACCUAGACAGAGAGAGUAUUGAUCACUACACGCUUACUGUAAAAGCUUCAGAUCUCAAUGGGGCCUCAGGGUGCCUCACAGGAACAGCAUCUUUCGGAGUCCAGAUCCUGGACGAAAAUGAUAAUAUCCCAACACUAGAGAAAGAAACUUAUGAGGGCAGUAUUGAGGAGAACACAGAUGGCGUGGAGGUGAUGAGAAUCAAAGCGAAUGAUCUGGACAUGGAGGGCACCGACAACUGGUUGACCAAGUUCGACAUCGUGUCAGGCAAUGAAGGGGGGACAUUCAGCAUUUACACUGAUCCAGACACCAACGAGGGAGUCUUGAUGCUCGACAAGGCUGUGGAUUAUGAGGAGGUCAAAGACAUGAAUCUGGGCAUUGCAGUGUCCAACGUGGCUCCUUACCAUCCUUCAGUGACAGGAAGUGCAGGGACAAUCGGACUCGUGAUCCCAGGAGCAGGCACAGGAGGUGGAGGAGGCACAGGAGCUGGAACUGGUGCUGGUACUGGUGCUGGUAGUGGUAGUGGUAGUGGUACUGGUAGUGGUAGUGGUACUGGUAGUGGAGGAGGAAGUUUAGGAUCAAGUGGGACCAGUGGAGGGUCUACUGUACUAAGACCAGGAAGCCCAGGUAGCCUUGGAAAUGGUAAAGUCUACAGUGUGAACAUCAACGUAAAGAACCAGCCUGAGGGCCCACGCUUCAGCCCCAAAGUAAAGGCAGUCCCCCUUUCUGAAGACGGCAAGACGGUUGAUAUAAAAAAAGUCAUUGCUAACUACCCUGCUCUCGAUGGGGAUACAGGGCUACCUUCUAAGAACGUCAGAUAUGCCAAAGGCUCUGACCCAGACAACUGGCUGACCAUUGAUGAGAAAACAGCUGAUAUUAGACUAAACAAACUUCCAGAUCGGGAAUCCCCAUACUUGGUCAAUGGGACGUACAUAGCCAAUAUCCUUUGCAUCAGUCAAGACGCCCCCUAUACGACAGCUACAGGCACCAUUGCCAUCCAGGUGGAGGACUUUAAUGACCACUGCCCUACUCUGACGAGCCAGGCACAGACCAUGUGCACCAACCAGGAAGCUAUAUAUGUCACUGCGGUAGACGAAGAUGCUCCUCCCAAUGGAGCUCCUUUCACUUUCAGUGUAGUUCCUGAAAAGACCAAGGGAAAAUGGAGCGUGGAGCACUUAAAUGAGACAACGGCCAUCUUGAGAACUCUUGAAAGUCUGUGGCCGGGUGUUCAGGAAGUGACAGUGGAGGUGCGUGACCAGCAGGGGGAGGCAUGUCCAGAGCCGCAGGUGCUAAAAUUGGAUGUAUGCACCUGUGAUCAUCAUAGUCUGUGUGGUGCCCGUGGGGCUCAACAGAAGGGCUCAGUGCUUGGCAAAGCUGGAAUUGGUCUGCUUCUCCUGGGACUCCUUCUGCUCUUACUUAUCCCACUUUUGCUGCUUUUCUGUCAAUGUGGCGCAGCCGCUAUGGGAGGAGCCUUCGCUGACAUGCCCUUUGACACCAAAGAGCACUUGAUCGCCUACCAUACAGAAGGGCAGGGAGAAGACCGGGAUGUACCCAUGCACCUCAGUGCACCAGAGGUUGAUGGUGGAUUGGUCAACAUAGCCUCUAAAGGCAGCUAUGGGGCUGGUGCUUUUGGGGCUGGUAUGGCAGGAGCAGGAGCUGGUUACUUGGCGUCUACCUUAACAAGAGGGGGUGGCUAUGGGCACAAUCAGAUGGAGAUGACCUCCAUGGAGCAGAGGAUGAAUUCUGGUCUUGGAAUGAUGAGAGAGGAAUUUGACGAUGAUGGAAUGGCUCUUUCAGAAGAUUUCUUGAAUCAGUACUACUCACAUAAGAGUCAGGAGCUGGAUGUCACGGCCAAAAACUCUCUGCUGGUAUAUGACUAUGAAGGUCAGGGGUCACCAGUUGGUUCAGUUGGCUGCUGCAGUCUCCUUGAAUCGAACAACGAUCUGGAGUUCCUCAACGACCUCGGGCCCAAGUUCACCACUCUCGCUGAGAUAUGUGGAGGCACAAAGUUCACAACAGAGGUCUCAGCCCCUCCUCCCUCUAUUCCGAAACCCAUCGUGGAACGCUCAGAACCAGUCUCCAUAGAAACCAACCUAGUCAACACUGUAAACGUUCCUGCUAGGCCUGCACCAUCUUCAUCUAUACACGUGGAGGAGAAUGUGAUGGUUACAAACAGCCAUGCCUCAGUAGUGGCUGACAGGAAGCCCGCCCAGACUCUGAUCGACGUGAAGCCCACCCAGACUUUGAUUGAUGUCCAGCCAGCUCAGACUCUGAUGAUGCAGCAGCAGCCUCUGUACUAUGUGGUGGAGCCGCAGGUUUCCAGCACCGUGCUGUUGGCCGAGAGGCCCACUGUUGGAUUGGGACAGAGCAUGUACAUGCUGAACAGUGCUCCAGUGGCUGAGAGAGUUCUAGUCCAGGGCACUGUUCCUGCACAAGGCACGAUAGGCAGGGGUGACAGAGUGAUGCUGCUGGAGACGGGUGGAGGAUCCACCCAGGCACUGAACACAGGCCUGCUGCAGUCGGCUAACCUGUCCGGUUCGCAGCUACUGCUGGUGGAGAGGGGAGCACAGGGUGGGCAGGUCCUCCAGGGGACACUGCAGAGAGGCGGAAUUGCUGGCUCUCAAGGCCUAAUGGUAGUGGAAGGGCAGUCAGGCCCCGUGAUGCAUGGAUCCCUCCAAAGAGGUGUUGCCACAGGUGGUUCUCAGAACGUGCUGUAUAUGGAGGCGCAGGGCGGGCCAUCAGGAGUUGUUCAUGGAUCACUGCAGAGGGGCAUGACCUCCAGUGCAGGGUUACAAAGCGGGACUGUGGGAUUGAAUGGAAGCUCCAUCCAAAUAAGCAGAGUUCCAACCUCCUCACAGAAAGUGGUCAUCCAAGAGAAGAAAGUUGUGUCAACUCAAAAAAGCCCUCUGUAAAGAUGCAUGGAUAACAUCUGACCAAACUGAAUGUAGUAAGCAGUAAAACCCCCAUUGCAUUAACUACAUUUUGACGUGGAAAGGUUUUCAACUUUCUUUUAUCUUCAUUACACUAUGCACAUUGUAUACUUGUCUUUGAACGCAAGUAACAUAUAACACUUUUUUAGCUUUAUUUGAAAGGAUGUUUUUUUUUCUUUUUUUUAAGGUUUUAAGGUGUGAACUUCAGUAGUGUACAUCAAUAUGGAAUUGAGUGUCACAUUGCAAAGAACAGGCCCUUUUGAAUCUUUACCAUUAGUCGUUUGCCACCACUUUUAAAAUAUACACGGAUCAGCUUCCAUCAGUAGCUUCAUAGGUGCUCAUGUCCAUAUCCUGUAUUGAAAUCCAAAUGAAAUGCAUCCACAGUAAUACUAGUGUUUUCAGCUGAAGUUCUGGAAAAUUGAGAUAGAAAAAGCAGCUGUGUGAAGUCAGUAUUUGAAUUAAUUUAAAUUAUUAAUUAUUUGACUUCCAAAAUUAGCAGUAGCAUCAAAAGCACAUUGGAUAAUGUAGCAGAGUGUGUAAGCCUGGGCCCGUAGAUAAAGCAGUGGACACAAAAAAUUAUUUGAAUAUAUCAGUUUUUGGAUCAAGGCUUUCAAAAUUAUAACAAAACAUUUAUUAGAAGGAAUAUGAUGUCAUUUUUUGUAUCUACAAGAAUCUGUUCAGUGUAUUAAUAUUUGUUUUAUAUAAUUUGUUAUGGUACAAAUUCAUUUUUAACAGAAUAGUCAAUUUUACCACUCAGUGCUAAAAAAAAUGAUUCAAUGCCUCUUUGAACCCCUUUCUUAAAAUCGUGUCAGAAUAAAAGUUGUUAUUGUUGUUUGUGCCACGUCUGUAUAACAGACAGAAGAUUUCAAUUAGUUGAAUACUUUUAAAGUUGCUCUAUUUUGCCUCAUUAUUUUAUUAUUUCACAUGUUUCAAACAUAAAAUUAUGCCAAACUAUUUUAUGUAGAAAUUUAUAUGACUAAAUUACCCUUUUUAAUAUCUAACUUAGUACCUGCAUAUAACGUUGGAUGGUUUUACCACCUGAGCUUUUUAGACUUUGGGAAACUUAAAUGCCUAAAUAAAAUUUUAUUUUGAUGUACUAAAAAUGUAUUCAUGCACAAGACGUUUUGUAGAAAAAUGUGAUACAUAUGUAGGUCAUUUAUUAAACUAUUUAAUAGGAGAAUAAUGGACAUUGGCAUAGGUGGCAUAUCAGUAUCUAUAUUGGCCUGAUAUCAGCAGAAGAUACUAGAUUAGUUGUUGGAGGGAAAGUAAGAAUGAAUCUGAUCCAUUAAUGAAGCUAAUGACAAAUGGUUUGAGAUUCAACUGGGCCUUUUAUUAAAUAGACAAUUCUAAAACUGAGUUCUGAAGGCGAUUCUUAAGCUAUUGUUCAGUGUUUUUUUUUUUUUUUACAGUGACUACCUUUCAGUCUGUCCCCAUCAGUGAGCUUUAACUUUUAUCCACUGCUUUCAUAAUCUUGACAAGUUUGUUUCUCUAUUCUUGUAGUUUGGGCACUCAAUGUUUUACAUAAUGUCUUGGUUCUCAGAAUAACUCUUAAACUACUGCCAGCUGGUAUUAUUAAUUGUAUUUUUAUUAAGAUUUCAUUACUUAAGAUUGUAGAUCUUUUUUCAUCUGCUGAGUGAAUAUUUUGAACUUCUUUGUACUCUUUGCGCUUUGCACUGUAGUGAGCUCAGAACCUGAAUAUCUGGAUCUCAACGGCUGAAGUUAUUUACACAUCACACUACUGACACUAAAGGUCGAACAAUGCUAAAAACUGAAUUCAACAUCAAGCUUAAACGCUGGGCUAAUGUUACAUGGUUUUUAGGGGAUUACUUGCGCUUUUGGAGAAAAGAAUUAUGUAUAUUUGCUGUACAACUGGACCUUCUUAAAGGCGUAACUCUUUUUUAAGCACCUAUAUUAACUUGGACCUAAGGUACUUCUUGUUUUUGUUUGCGCAGAAUUUCAAAGAGUACAACAGCAAAAAUGUUUUCUAAUGUAAGAGCUUGAAUGUACUCUGAUAUAAACUGCCAUUUUUCUACUCGAGGGCCAAAAGUUAAUGUCUGUAUUUGUUUUUAUUUGUGGGUAUGUAGAAUGUAGAUAAUGUUUUGUUGUGUUUAUUAUACACUGGAAUACCAAAUAAACAAUAAGUAAAUAAAA